UUCCAACCCUAAACCUCAACUAGUUGAAUUAGUGCUCGUUGAUCUGCACGCACACUCAACUAGCUACGCCAAUGGAGGCGAUGAUUCACUCCGCUCUAGAAGAGAUUUGCGCGGGUGGUGCAAACGGCAUCACACUCUCAACCCUAUGGCUCAAACUCAAACCCACGUUGAUUUCGCAUGGACUUGACCCUUGCGUGAGUGUCAAGAAAGCUCUCUGGACUAGCCUGCUUACUGUCCCUGGCCUUGCUUUCCAGUCCCUAAAAGGCGAUUCUCUUGACCCUGGGUUAGUUGAAGAGUUUGACAAGUUGGGCGUAAAGACGGUGGCGGCUCAGCAUCUGCGCAACAGCUUUGUUGGUUUAUAUGAUGUGGAUGCAUGUAAUCAAGGAAUUUCUCUUCAAGGCCGUCGCGUUCUUGAGCGUCUCGCCAUUGCUAGAACAAACGGGAUCACUCAAAGUGAACUUGGUAAAGAAUUUGGCAUGCAAGGGAAUAAGAUUUUUUAUGUAUUACGGAAGCUUGAAACCCGAGGUCUGAUUGUGAGGCAGUCCACGACUUUAAGAAAAACAGAAGUUUCCAGUGACAGAGAGCAGAAAAGUAGUUCAAUCGUAUCAACCAAUAUGCUCCACUUGUAUCGUUUUGCAAAGCAUUUGGGUCGAGAACAGAAACUUGAAGUUUUAAAAGAGGAUAAACCGGCUUCUAAUGAAAAUGAAGAAAGUGAAUUAUCUGCUUCAGGCAUGUUUGGAGAAUCUGUCAAAGAGGAUGUCCAAGUGAAAGAUUUUCUCCCAGUGCUAAAACAGAUAUGUGAUAAACUUGAGGAAGCUGACAACAAUGUUCUUAUCGUGUCAGAUAUAAAAAAAGACAUCGGUUAUGGUGGAAAGGCUGCAUAUAGACGUUGGAGAAAUAUUCUUCAAGGGUUAAAAGAUGCACGCGUCGUGGAAGAGUUCAGUGCUAUAGUUGAUACCAAGGUGGUCAGCUGUUUAAAAUUGUUGAAGAAAUUUUCUGCCAAAUAUUUUGAGCCCAAAUCACUUAAACAUGGAGUAGACGAUCCUGAUCUAGAAGAGCCAGUAAUAUUAGGAAAGAGAGGUCAAAUUAAUGAUCAGCUCGUAGAGCUUCCUUUAGAACAUCAAGUUUACGAUAUGGUCAAUGCUGAAGGAUCCAAAGGACUGACAAAAACCGAGUUAUGCAAAAGGCUUGGGCUGAAUAACAAAAGGUAUAACACUCGAUUACAAAGUUUAUUCUCUAGGUUUGGAAUGCACCUACAGGCUGAAAACCAGAACAGAGGUGUGGCAUAUCGAGUCUGGUCACAUGGUAAUUUCAACCGUGAUACAUCUAAUUCUAUGCCAGUCAAACCGGACAUUGUCCUUAAUAUCGAUGGAAAUUGUCCCCCAAACACCGGAAAGAGAUUUAAGGGAAGCUCAACAGAUACUGUUCAACCGGAAAAUGAUUCAACUACUGAAGUGGAUGCUAUAGUGUGUGGAAAAAUUACAAAUGUACCAACUGCAUUCAAAAUUUUUAAGCCUUUGCCAGUUGUUGGUGUGUCUAAUACAUCAAUUUGUCCAAAUAGUUCAGAAAAUGUAACGCCCAAGCAAAAUUGUAUAGCUCCAGAUGAAAGACUUCAGACUGUACAUAAUACACCUGCAUCUGAAGUGACUAUAGAUUCUCACUGUUCUUCAUCGGCUCCCUUUAAACGAAGUUCGCAUCCGAAGUAUUUAUCUCUUGCUUCAAAUGCACAUAGAAGGCGAAGGGAGCAGCGGAUACUUGAAUUGUUGGAGGAGAAGAAGUUUAUGAUAAAGACGGAUCUGCACAGGCAGCUUGAAAGUCUUGAGAAGGACAAGAAGACGGCAAUGGACAGGAAGACCUUAGACCGUAGUCUGAAUAAACUUCAACGAGAAGGAUGUUGUAAGUUAAUUCAUGUCGGUGUUCCUGUUGUUACAAAUUGUAGUCGUAGCCGUACAAUGGAUGUGGUUCUUCAUCCUUCUCUAGAUGAUAUUUCUCCCGAUUUGUUAAGUCAAAUUUGUGAGAGAGUGAGGUCAUCUGACACGCAAAUCCGAAAUCAUCAAGGCUCGUCUAAAUUAAAGAAGAGUCAAGAAGUUCCUAUCUUGAAUGGCAUCCAAAGAAUACUUCCCAGUUCCAAAUUAGAGGAGCAAUCUGAAAGAGUAGAAGCCAUGCGUUCUAAUGGAUAUGUAUCAGCAAGAAUGGUUCGUACAAAGCUGCUUCACGUCUUUCUCUGGGGUUACCUGACAAAAUCACCUGGUUGGAAUGAUGCUUUGCCAUCAGGUGUGCAUGGAUACGAUCAAAAAAAUCCCCAUAGCACUUGCAAAUUGAUUGAGCUUGAGACAGCCAUUAGAGCUAUGCCUAUUGAGCUGUUCCUACAGGUGGUAGGGUCCACUUACAAAUUUGAGGAUAUUGCAGAGAAUUGUAGGAUGGGUAUGUGCCUUUCCGAUCUUUCAGUGCAGGAGUAUAAGCAUCUCAUGGGUACUCAGGCAACUGGAAGGCUGUCAAAUCUUGUUCAGACUUUACGGGGUUUAAAGCUGAUACGCAUGGUACGUUGCGAGUAUACUGGAGAUGCAGUUGCAGUUUUGGAUGCUACUCUUGCACAUUCCCUAGAACUCAAACCUUACAUUGAGGAACCCGUAUCUAUGGCACCAUCGUCUUCACCUUUUGUUUCGUUUGAUAUUCGCCCUCACUUUAGACAUGAUUUUGUUCUUUCAAGCAGAAAAGCUCUUGAUGAAUACUGGAACACUUUAGAGUACUGCUAUUCUGGUGUUGAUCCGAAAUCUGCAUUGCAUGCUUUCCCUGGAUCAGCAGUACAUUUGGUAUGUAAUACCCGGUCCUGGGCAACAGCACGUGUUAUGACUGCUGAUCAGCGCACUGAACUCAAUAAGUGUAUUAUGAAGAAUGACCUUAAUAAGAAGUUACCACUCAGUGCAUGUGAGAAGAUUGCAAAGGAUCUCAAUCUGACACUAGAACAGGUGCCUCAAUACUAUUAUUAUAAGCGACGAAAGCGUAUCAUUAAACUACAAGGAGUUUCAAAUCAAGAGGUAAUGCAGCCAUUAGACAGAACAAAUGCCUCAUCUUCACGAAAAAGAAAAAGAUCUACAAAGAAAAAGCCGUUAAAGCAUGCAAAAGUCAACUCUGCCCUGCCUCUGUUAUCAUCUGAUACUGAUGAGCAUAAUGAUUUCUGCACUUGUUCUAUAGAACAGGAAAAUUGUAUGUUGAAAAAUCAGGUAGAUCAGAGCACGGACUUAGAAGAACAAGAAUCAUCAACGCUAAAGCCAACACCUCGAAGAAAGUUUUCAUGGACAGAAAAUGCAGAUAGGCAAUUGGUGAUAGAAUAUGCUAAAAAACGUGCUGCACUUGGAGCAAACUUUCACCGUACAGAUUGGAAAGCACUUCCAAAUAAACCUGCAGCGCCUGCUGUCUGCAGGAGACGAAUGGCUUUAUUAAAUACUUGUAUGGAGUUUAGAAAAGCUGUGUUAAAACUAUGUAACAUUCUCACUGAACGAUAUGCCAACCACCUUGAAAAGCUCCAGAACGAAUCAAAACUAAAUGGGGAGCACGGAGUAAUGGUUUGUAAUCAUAAAUCUGCUGAAUAUUCUAGCAGAGAGGACUCUGAAAGUCAGCAACAAAGUCGAGAUAUAAAUCCUGAAGACCAAUGGGAUAAUUUCAAUAAUAAAGAUGUUAAGAUGGCCCUGGACAAUGCUCUCCGCCAUAAACGCACUGCCAAGCUAGAUGCACACAGAGAAAUUCAUUCUGUACCUGAUCAGUUUUCUCAUUUUCACAUGGAGGGAGAACAGAAUGACCCAAAGUUGCUUUCAUCAGCUAUUUUUAAGAAAAGCAAAAAGAAGCACAGGGUGAGAAGUAAUGUAUAUGAACACAUUCAGCAGAACUACAUUAAAUUUUUGAAUGAAUGGGAUGACGCUAAUGGGCGUGCUUAUAGAUCUUUGCCCGUUUCCAAUGCUGUAGAGCUAUUUAAGCUUGUUUUUAUGAAUGCAUCAACUGCUCCAGAGGUGCCAAAUUUGCUUGCUGAAACAUUUAGACGGUAUUCUGAGGAUGAUCUUUUUGCUGCCUUUAACUACCUGAGAGAGGCAAAAAUCAUGGUUGGUGGUAGUGGCACCAAUCCAAUUGUACUUUCGCGCCAAUUUAUGCGUGAAAUUUCUUCUUCACCAUACCCAACAAACACAGGAAAAAGAGCAGCUGAAUUUCGGAGCUGGCUCCAUAAAAACGAAAAAAAUAUAACAGAAGAGGGGAUUGAGCUUCCUUCAAAUUUACAGUGCGGAGAUAUUCUUUAUCUCUCUGCUUUACUCUCUUCAAGAGAGAUCCUAUUGUCACCAGACUUGCCUGCUCAAGGUGUUGGAGAGGCUGACGACUCAAGAAUGUUAAAGCGAAAAUAUAACAAUGACAUUUACUGUGAUGAUAAGGCUAAGAAACGAAAAGGUACAUUGAUAGGAGAAGGCGAAAUGACUUUCCGCCGAGAGAAAGGUUUUCCUGGCAUUAGGUUGUCUGUAAGUCGUGCAACAAUCCCAAGAGUUGACGUUAUAGAUCUAUUUAAAGAGACGGCUAUACAAUCUGAUGUAUUUUUAAUUGAUGGAACUGAAGAAAAGUCAUCUCGUUAUAUUGGCUUCACUUCAACUGACCAUAUGAAGCAAACUAUUGAUUUUGGUACAGCCGUCCAUUUAACAAUUUCUGCUGAUGAUAAACCAUGGGAAGCUAUGACAUGCUAUGCCAAAAAUCUAGAUUACUUUGCUUCUAAUCAGGUGAAGGGGAGUUCUUUUUGUCCUCAGGUCUUUAAGACUAUCUGUUCUGCCAUCCAAAAGGCUGGUGAUCAAGGUCUGAGCAUGGAAGAAAUAUCAAAGGUUGUGAACAUUCAAGGGGACAAGAUGCCAGAAAUUGUUGUUGAGGUGCUUGAGGCAUUUGGAAGAGCUUUAAAGGUUAAUGCCUAUGAUUCUGUCCAAGUUGUUGACUCUCUAUAUCGGUCCAAAUAUAGUUUGACCUCAUUAGCUGGUCCCUGUCAAGAUCAUAAGCAGGAUCAACCAACAAAUUCCACUGUGCAAGAUCAUAGGGAGGAUCCAUCAACAAAUUCCAGUGUGUUGAAUGAUGAGCAGCAUGUGAUUCAUAAUUCAGAUGAUCAUGAAAAUGGUUCACCAAAUGUACUGUCAAUGAGAAGUAAUGAUAAUGAUGAGCACAGAGUAACAAUUCUGAACCUUCCUGAAGACAGCCAGCCGUCCAGUGAAGUGCAAAAGGUUACUGGGACCGAGAGCUAUCAGCAGACCAGCAUUUCUCUAGAAAGGCAUCAAGUGGAUGAUACAUUAAAACAUAAUAGUGGGCUUUCCUGUGUAUGUCGACCAAUUUUAUCUUGGAUGAAUGGAGAUGGCACCAUCAAUGAAUUUGUCUACAAGGGUCUCGUACGCCGUGUUCUAGGUUUUCUGAUGCAAAAUCCAGGAAUGCUAGAGGCUAAUAUCCUACAACGGAUGAACGUUUUGAACCCUCAGAGCUGCCGAAAAUUGUUAGAACUAAUGAUUCUAGAUGACAUCAUCACUGUGAGGAAGAUAUAUCAGGCUACGUCAUGUGAGCCGCCCUCUAUACUGAGUAGUCUUUUUGAGAGCAGUUAUAAGAGAUCAAAGUAUGUUUACCAAGAACAUUUCUUUGCAAAUCCAAUAAAUGCUGCUACCCUGUUGUAAAGUGGAGUACAAGUAAAUUCCCUCAGUUGUCUAUUCAAGUUCUAAUGUUGUGUUUGGUUGGGGAGAAUGGAAUGGAAUGGAAUGAAAUGAGUAAAAUUACUUGAAACUAAUAGAGAUGGUUGGGAAGUUUUGGAAUAAAUUUAAGUAAGUGCAAAAAUGCUAUGAUGAGAUUUGAGAAAACAUUGGGGGUAGGAGAGAAUGGAGCAUUCCAUCUCAAAUUGAAUGUACGAUCUCUAGCACAUAAUAUAAGGAAUGGAAUGGAGGAAGGAAUGAAAUUUGUUAACAAUUGCCCAUAAUAUAGUUCAUCUUUCAUUUCAUUCCUUCCGGAAUCAUUCACCCCAACCAAACACAACAUAAGUUUUCUGGUUUUGUUCGUAAUGAAAUUGCUCUAGAUGUAUAUUGUAGCAUUGGAGUUGCCGAUUAUACUUGUAUA